CUAUGCUGGUCGCGUGGAGCUUCCUGAUAAUCUGAAGUACCUCUUCAGGCCUGUGGCCAUGAUGGUGCCUGACUAUACCUUGAUAGCAGAGAUCAUGUUGUUCUCUGAGGGCUUCAUCGCAGCCAAGUCUUUGUCACAGAAGAUUGUCAACCUCUACCAGCUGGCCAGCAAGCAGCUAUCACAACAAGACCACUAUGACUUCGGCAUGCGGGCCAUAAAAUCUGUUCUUGUAAUGGCAGGGCAUGGACGGAGAAAUGCUCUCCAAAAGACUCAUUCUGGCGUGAAAGAAAUAACAGAAAAUGAAGAGUCAUACAUUUUGAUCCAUUCUUUGCGAGAUGCCAAUAUGCCAAAGUUUUUGUCUGAAGAUGUGCCGCUGUUUGAAAGCAUUGUAGAUGAUUUAUUCCCAGGGAUUGAGCCUCCCGAUCAGGAUCAAGGAUCACUAGAAAAAGCAAUCAGUUUAUCCAUCAGAGAACUGAACCUGCAACCCUGGCCCAGUCAGACAGAAAAAGUCAAGCAACUGUACAAUCAGAUUCUGGUGCGACAUGGUGUAAUGCUGGUUGGUCCAACUGGUGGUGGGAAAACUUCUGUCAGAAACAUUCUCCAGAGAGCCCUGGUUCUUUUACCAGCAAUUCAAAGUGAUGAUAGUGAACAGCACAACCAAAAACUUGUACAUGGCAGAAAACGGAGUGUAUUUUAUGCAAGUAGAACCAGAAAAGGUCAUGUUGAGACAUUUGUAAUAAAUCCCAAAUGUGUCACAUUGGGAGAACUGUAUGGUGAGACAGACCCUAAUACAUUUGAAUGGUCAGAUGGCCUCAUAGCCAAUGCUACACGCAAAUUCUCCCGGAAUCUCACAUCCACCCAGGUUCUCACCACAGAUGAAAUCAAACCUGUUGCUGAAACAGCCUUUAGGACUUUGACAGACAUGUCAGCAACUUCUCUUGCAGCUCAUGCUUUCCUAGCCAGCAAUAUGGAGAAUGAGGACGGCACAAUUACAGACUGGCGAUGGUUAAUUCUUGAUGGACCUGUCGACACCAUGUGGGUGGAAAAUCUAAACACUGUACUGGACGACUCAAAGGUUCUGUGCCUUGCUAAUGGGGAGAGAAUUUCUCUGGGUGUAGGAAUGAGGCUUCUGUUUGAGGUGGACAGUUUGUCUAAAGCCAGUCCUGCAACGGUCAGCAGAUGUGCCAUGGUCUAUAUGGAUCCGGUUGAUCUCGGUUGGAAGCCGUUUGUUACAAAAUGGUUAUGUCAACUGCCUCAAGCUAUGCCUGAGUCUGGAAGAACUUACCUUCGGGCACUCUUUGAUGCAAGUAUUGACAAAGGGAUGAAGUUUCUCUGCAAAUACAAGGAGCAUCAAGCAGUGCCUGCACCUGAUCUCAGCAUCAUUGGCACUCUCUGUACUAUCUUGUCAGCUUAUACAGAUUUCCUUGACAGCCAUGGGGGAUUUGGUACAGCAGAUAUGAAAGGAAAAGUACAAACAACCGACGCUGAUAGUCACACAUCUCCUAAGUCUAACAAGCAUGCCAGGACAUCGAAGUUGAGUCAGCAGCAUAACAAAAAGUCACCAACACUUGAUGGAAAUGCAGAAAAUUCUGAGUUUACAUCCAGCAGAAAUUCACAAAGGCGUGAGGUAAAGAUGUUCUACCUAGAAAAGAACCCUACACAUCUGACAAACCUCCUUGGAAAACUGUUUGUGUUUGCUUACACCUGGAGCAUUGGUGGAGUUUUUAAACGAAGGGAGUUCAUGGAAGAAGAUGACAGCAACAUCAGAAGGGCAAGCACUUCUACUGAAAGGAUAGACAUGAAUAAUGAAUUUGAUAAUUUUGUUCGUGAGCUCUUUGAUGUGGAGCCUCCAUUAGGUGUGAGACUUCCAGCUGGAAAUCGCAGCAUCUACGGCUAUUUUGUUGACAUGGAAAGCGGCAGUUUUGUCCCAUGGGAUGUCCUCAUUCCUGGCACAAAGUCACUCAUUGAGAAAGGUGUAGUGCUAAGUAUAGGUAAAACACUUGGAAUGGCUUUAGACAAGAAAAAGAAAGAAAUAACAGAAGCAGAGAUCAUCCCUACAGUUGACAUUGUGAGAUUUUCUUUCCUGGCCAGUUUACUGUUAGUGAACAAACAGGCGGUGUUGAUGACAGGUGAGUCUGGAGUUGGGAAAACAGCUAUCAUCAACCACAUGCUAAAACAACUUGAACAAGAUGGAGGCACAUCCACAGAAAAGUCUUCCACUAUUUUAGGUUCCAUUUUUCAGUACUCAGAUAAAGUAUCUGGCCUGCUGGAGAAUAUAAGUAAUUUGACAUCAUUCCACCAUCGUACCGAUGAUGGAGAUUCUGCCAUGGAGAUGUUGCUGGGAUCAAAAAGUAGAAGCAUGGGUGUUAUAAGUACGGUGGCCCAGUGCAGUGCUCAGACUACAGCCAAACGUCUGGAGGCUCAAAUUAUGCUUAAGCUUAUCAAGAAAAGCAAGACCUCAAUGGGAGCUCCCAAGGGCAGGAAGGUGAUUGUGUUUAUUGAUGACCUGAAUAUGCCAGCAGCAGACAAAUAUGGAGCCCAAGGAUUCUAUGACACCAAAAAACUGACCUGGAAAGAGAUUGUGGAUGUGACAGUUGUGGCAGCAUGUGGUCCACCUGGUGGUGGCAGAAACUCCAUCAGCCCUCGGCUUCUGAAACACUUCAGCAUGUUAACACUUCCACAACCAUCCAGCAAGUCUCUUCAGCAUAUCUAUCAAGUUCAGCUAGGUCGGUUUUUAAAGGAAGGGGAGUUUGUGCCAGAAGUACAAAACAGCUUGUUUCCCAUGGUAUCUGCAAGCAUUGCCAUAUACUACCACAUGUGUACUGUCAUGCUGCCAACGCCAACAAAAUCUCACUACACUUUCAACAUCAGAGACUUAUCCAAGGUGAUCCAGGGCAUGCUACAGGCCCAUGAAUCUGUAAUCGUGGGAAAGGAACAUUUUGUUCAACUUUUUGCACAUGAGACCACACGUGUGUUUCACGAUCGCCUGACCUGUUCUGCUGAUCGAACCACAUUUUUCCAGAUACUUGCUGAUAAUCUGCAUGCUUAUUUCAAGGUGCGAUGGACAUCUGAAAAACUGAUGAAAGAAUCUAUACUGUUUGGUGACUUCUUUGAUUCCACUGAUCAUACUUCAGUACAGCGGAUAUACAGGCCAUUGUCUGAUCCAAACAAGCUAGAGCGAGUCUUGGAGGAGUAUCAUAUGAGAAUGAACAUGGGAGAAAUGACUGAACAGCUAGUGUUCUUCAAGGAUGCCAUGGAACAUGUGGUCAGGGCAGCAAGAGUGUUUAGACAACCUGGAGGACAUUUGCUUAUGGUUGGCCUUGAUGGCACAGGCAAGUCCACAGUGAUUUAUCUGGCCAGCUAUAUCAGCAACUGUCAGAUGUUCCGCCUGAAACUCCAUAAUCAGUAUGGAAGCCCAGAAUUUCGGGAUGAUCUCAAAACACUGUGUCUGCAAGCCGGAGUCAAAGGCAUACCAUCUGUUCUCUUACUAACUGACUCUGACAUUGUUAAGGAAUCAUUCAUAGAGGACAUCAACUGUAUUCUCAAUUCUGGUGAGGUUCCAGACCUAUUUGACAGUGAAGAGCUUGAUGGCAUCACAAUGGACCUUCAGGCAAUUGCCAGCGAUGCAGGGUUCUCUGAUGCCAAGACAUCGGUUCAUGCUUUCUUUAUUCAGAGAAUCAGACAGAAAUUGCAUGUGGUUUUGGCCAUGAGUCCUGCAGGUGACCGUUUCCGACAGAGAUGUCGUAUGAAUCCUGCCCUAAUCAACUGUUGUACCAUUGAUUGGUUCGAUGAUUGGACAGAGAAAGCCAUGCUGAGGGUUGCUAGAGUAUUUCUGGCUGAUACAGAGUUUAUUGCAAAUGAGUCUGUGUAUAACUGGGAGAAAUUAACAGAGCACACUGCACAGAUUUGUGUGGAGAUUCACAAAAGCAUAUCAUAUAUGAGUCGCAGAUUUUGGGAGGAGAGUCGAAGACAUUAUUACUCUACUCCAAGCUCGUAUAUGGAACUGAUUCGCCUGUACUCUCGCAUGCUUGCAGACAACAAACAAGAAUUCACACACAACAGAAAUCGUCUGCAGAAUGGUUUAUCAGCAUUAUCAGAUGCAUACGCAAUGGUUGGUGUCAUGCAGGAAGAGUUAGUUUCUCUUGGCCCGGUCAUUGUUGCUAAAGCUAAGGACACUGAGGAUUUACUGAAACAAUUAGAGGAAGACAGACAAGCAGUGAAGGAGAUAGAGGAUAUUGUAUCUCAGGAGGAGAACAUCAUGUCUAGAGAGACACAGAUAGUCCAGGAUUAUGCAGAUGAAUGUGAAUCAGACUUGACUUCAGUUCUACCAGUCCUUCAAGAUGCUAUUACCUCCCUGGAGACUUUAGAUAAAGCCUCCAUCUCUGAGCUUAGGGUAUACACCAACCCACCCCAGCUGGUGGCUACAGUGAUUGCUGCUGUGUGUGUGCUGUUUCAGAAGAAGACAGACUGGGCUACAGGAAAGUUAUUCAUAGGUGACCCACAGUUUUUAAAGCUGUUACUGAACUUUGACAGACACAGUCCAUCAGACAGGGUCUAUGCCAAAUUGAAGAAGUACACAAAAGACCCUAAUUUUAACCCAGAAACUGUCGGCAAAGUGUCACUUGCCUGCAAAUGCAUUUGCAGUUGGGUCCUGGCUAUUGACAAUUAUAACACAGUCUACAAGAUGGUGACACCAAAACAAAAGAGAGUACAUGAAGCAAGAGAAGCACUUAAACUAGCCCAGGACAGCUUGGCAAGGAAGCAGGGGAGUCUACACAAGAUUCAAGAUCAUCUUAAAAUGAUUGAACAACAAUAUGAAGACAGUGUCACCCAAAGAGAAGCCCUCAAAGAGAGACAAAAAAUCACAGGUCUGAGGCUGGAGAGAGCAUCCAUUUUAAUCUCUGCAUUGGCUGAUGAAGAAGUCCGCUGGUCUCAGUCCGUUAAAUCUUUAGAUAUUAAGUUGGAGGGAAUUGUUGGAGACACACUAGUGACUGCAGCAUCUGUUGCAUAUUUGGGUGCCUUUACUGCUCAGUACAGGAAUGAACUAGUGAACCACUGGGUCAGCAUGUGUCAAGACAUGGAGGUGCCGAUAUCCACAGAUUUUGAUCUUCUCAAAAUUUUAGUUGAUGCAAAUCAGGUGAUGAAAUGGUAUAACUGUGGUCUGUCCCAGGACAGACUGUCUGUAGAGAAUGCAGCAUUUAUCACCAAAGCAAGAAAAUGGCCACUGUUGAUUGACCCACAAGGACAAGGUCUCAGAUGGAUUAGAAAAAUGGAGGGUCCACAUCUGAAGAUAGUUGCUGGAUCAGAUACAAAUAUUAUGCAAACAGUUGUAACAGCCAUCAGAGUGGGAGCUCCCUGCCUUCUGAAGGAUGUAGGAGAAGAACUUGACCCAGCUCUUAGGCCAGUAUUGUUGCAGGAGACUUUCAAUAAAGGUGGACAGCAGAUUAUGAAAAUUGGUGAUGUGGAACUAGAGUACAAUAAAAACUUCAGGUUAUAUCUGACGACUUCCUUGGCCAACCCUCAUUAUCUUCCAGACAUCUUCCUGCAGGUCAAUGUCAUUAAUUUCAUGGUCACAUCUGAUGGUCUUCAGGAGCAGCUUCUGUCUGCAGUUGUAACACAGGAAAAACCCAUGCUGGAAAAGCUACGCAGCAAACUGUUGGAGAGUAUUGCAGCAGACAAGCAGGUGCUACUAGACCUGGAAAACAGAACGUUGUCAAUGCUUGCAAGUUCAGAAGGUCACCUUCUGGAUGACCAGGCUCUCGUAGAGACACUUCAGCAAAGCAAGAUCAUGUCUCAGGAGAUUCACAACAGGGUUGCUGAAUCAGAGCAGACUGAACAGAGCAUCAGCCUGGCUCGACAGAGAUAUUUGCCAGUUGCCACUCGAGGUUCUGUCAUCUAUUUUGUGGUGGCUCAGUUGGCAAGUCUGGAUGUCAUGUACCAGUACUCGCUGGCCUGGUUCCAGUCCAUGUUUGUAGCAUGCAUCAGCAGCAGCAGUACCAGCAGUAAUAAAUCAGUGGCAUCCAGCAAGGAUCUGGCUAGUGGUGUCCUCAGACCUGCCAGUGCCAGAAACAUCAAGUCCAUGCAUAAUGAUGCUGAUGAGGAAAGUAUGUGGAGAACUGUUAUCAUGGUUUCCUUGAAUGCCGAUGAUUUGAAGAAACAUCUACAAAUGAUGAUUGAGCAGCUAACACACACCAUAUACAGAACUGUGUCGGUUGGACUUUUCUCUCGCCACAAGUUCAUCUUCUCCUUUCUCUUGUGCUCUAAUAUUAUGCGGGCAAAUAGUAAAUAUGGCUGUGAGACCAGUGAUUUGGGCCUUAUAGAAGAACAUGAAUGGCACAUCUUUCUCCAUGGAAGUGUAACAACAUCACUGGUUAUUAACAACAUGCGGACAGAAGAAAAGGGUACAGCAAUUGAAGGACUACAGCAACAGACCAAUUCUAUGCUGGAGUCAAGUGUUGAUGUGUCGCAUGAUGUAGACAGUAGCAAACCUGCUUCUGCAGAAGAAAAGGCGUAUCCUUCCUGGAUAUCAGCCUCUGGCUGGCAACAGUGUCAGUGUCUGGAAUCAGCAGUCCCAGCCUUUCACCUGCUUUGUCAGUGUCUGUGUGCGAAUCACCAGCAGUGGGAAGCUUUUAGAGCAGCAGAUGAGCCUUUCAAGCUGAUGAGGAAACCUUUCACACCAGGGUCAGAUUUCACCCAACCUGUCCAAAUUUUUGAGUGGUUCAGACUUACCAAGUUCCAACAACUUUUGCUUAUCAAGGCAUUAAGGUUAGAUGUGUUGGCAACUUCAUUAGCUCAGUUUAUCCAAGAUCAGCUCGGAGCUAAAUACUUGUCAACUGGAACUUUUGACCUUCAUGAGAUUUAUGCUGAAUCUGUGGCCAAGUCACCUUUGAUCUUUAUCCUGUCUCCAGGUUGUGAUCCCUCCACCCAACUGCUCACAUUUGCCAAAGAUCUCCGAGGUAGCACAUCACAUCUGGAUAUGAUAUCAUUAGGAAGAGGUCAAGGUCCUAAAGCAGAAGAACUCAUCUCAAAGGCCCAGAUUUUGAAAGGCAGAUGGGUGGUGUUGCAGAACUGUCAUCUGGCUGCAUCAUGGAUGCCAAGAUUGCAGAAUAUAGUGGAAAAGUAUAACAACCCACAUGAAGACAGUCUUGACCCACAGUUUAGACUGUGGUUGAGUUCAAUGCCUGACCCAGCGUUUCCUGUUUCUAUCCUCCAGGCAGGUAUCAAG